AUGACGAUAUCUCAAAACUGCUCAAAUCAUUGUGACAGCGUCUGUGGAAAGUUUCAGAGGAAGUGUGGAGAGAGUGGGACAAGUAUUCAAAGGUACAGGAGACUAUAUAAAAAGAAUGCCAUAAGAUACACGCGCUACACUGUCAAGACCGAGAAGACUUAUGGCCACAUUCCAGAUCUGCAGGCUGGGACUCUUCAGACUGCAGAUGAAGGUUGCAUUGCGCUGAUGACCUUAGAAGAUUUGGCCGACACAAGUAACUCAGAUGGGGAGCUGUUGGCCACAUUUUGUGGGCAGACCAUCCCCAUAAUUCCCAUUGUGGUCUUCACACCAGAACUCUGGGUCCAAUUCCAGAGUGAUACCUCCCAGGGAGACUUGGGCUUCAAGGCCAAGUACUUGUUCUCUGAAUGUGGAGGGUGGCAGUCAGGUGAGGGAGGGGUGUUAUCCAGUCCUAACUACCCCAGUAUCUACCCCAGCCCCAGUCGCUGUGCUUGGCUACUAGAGGCUCCAGUGGGCCACACCAUUACACUAACCUUCAGCUACUUCAACUUGGAGCCCCACUCUACAUGUGGUUGGGACUCUGUCACCAUCUUCAAUGGAGGAUCCCCUGGCUCCCCUGUUAUUGGCCAGUACUGUGGGAACACCUCCCCAGGAACCAUACAGUCAGGAUCCAACAAACUUGCUGUCGUCUUUCUAGCAGACCACAGCGUGUCCAAAGGGGGCUUUAUAGCCUCCUGGUCGGCUGACUCGUCAGGGUGUGGAGGGGUGAUCCAUGCUGAUUCUGGAACAAUCAAGUCUCCAAACUAUCCUCAGAACUUCCCUGCCAAUGUUGAAUGUUCUUGGCAGAUCAUUGCUCAUGAGGGAAACCAUCUGCAGAUGAGCUUCAACAGUGAUUUCCAGAUUCCAGACAACACUGGGACCUGUCAGAACAGUUAUAUCAAGGUGUGGUCGGGUGAGACCCAAAAUCCUGAGGCUCUGCUGUCAACAGGCUGUGGCUCGGUGGCCCCAGGCGCCAUCAUUGCUCCAUAUAACAUCAUUACAAGCCGAUUCCAGGCCACUGAAGCAACCGGCAGAGGCUUCUCUGCCACCUUCAGCACCAGAUGUGGCGCAAACUUCACUGCUCCCAAUGGACGUGUGGUUUCUCCAAACUAUCCAGCUGACUACCCUGAAAGGUCCAACUGCAACUACAUCAUAGAUGCUGGGGAACAGACAGUGGUCGUUAUCAUUUUCCAGGUCUUCCAAGUUGAAGCACACUCUACCUGUCAGUACGAUGGGCUGAAGAUCUACAGCCUGGCUACAAGUGGCCCCCCUAUUGCCACGUUGUGUGGCACAAACAUCCCAGGGCCCUUCACCACCUUUGGUCCCAUGUUACUCCAUUUCUACUCUGACUCUGUGAUCAACUACAGGGGCUUCAUGGCAGAAUACAGAGCCAUUCCAUGUGGUGGUUUUUUCAACAGCACUAUGGGAACAGUGAGCAGUCCAGCACUCUCCAUGACCAAUUACCACCACAACAUCAACUGUACCUACCAUAUAAUGGUCCCGACAGACAGAGUGGUUGAUCUCAAGUUUAACACCUUCCAUCUGGAGGCUUCUUCUUCCUGUCGCUAUGACUAUGUGGCAGUUUUUGAUGGACAGGACACCUUGUCGCCCUUGCUGGGGAAAUUCUGUGGUGCAGUGCUCCCACCCAAUCUGCGAUCCUCUACCAACCAGCUAUUUAUUGUCUUCAGGACAGAUGCCUCAGUGAAUGGGAUUGGCUGGAGAGCCACCUACAGUGAGACACUUGGUCCAGCACAGGGAUGUGGUGGCUACCUGUCCAUGCCACUGGGCAUGUUUGGUUCUCCAGAUCCAAACCUGGAUGGACGCUAUGAGCCCAAGAUGGACUGCCUGUGGACCAUUGAGAUGCCAGUCAACAGGGCUAUCAACCUGACCUUCAACUCUUUCCAGCUGGAGAGCUCCUCUUCUUGCCGUUAUGAUUACGUCAAAGUGUAUGAUGGUGACAAUAUUAAUUUCCCUCUGGUUGGGACAUUUUGCGGAAACUCCAUUCCCGCCUUUUUUAUGUCAAGUGCAAACUUCCUGACCAUUCAUUUUGUCACUGAUAGCUCAGUGCAGCUACGAGGCUUCAAUGCUACCUACAGAGCUGUUCCAUUGCUCUGUGGUGGGACUCUGAAUGCAUCAACUACCAUGGAGACCCUGACCUCACCCUCCUUCCCCAAUGCCUAUCCUCCUUACACCUCCUGCCGCUGGAUACUGGAUGCUCCCGCCCAGGAAACCAUCCAGCUGUCAUUCCAGAACCUUGCAUUCCAACCCAGCCAGAGCUGCUCCACAAAUUUCCUGGAUAUGAAGGACUGGCCUAUGGGAGACUAUGGGCAGUCACUCAAGUUCUGUGCAUCGGAUGGUCUUCCACCAGACUUCUACAGUUACAGCAGAACGGUCCAUGUGUAUUUCAAAUCUGACACCUUCAUGUCAGGAAAUGGCCUGAGUUUCACCUAUCAGAUUGCCAGCUGUAGUCGAACCUAUGAACAGGAAUAUGGCUACCUGAAGAGUCCAGGCUGGCCGAACAUCUACCCCCACAACAUGGACUGCACCAUCAUCCUGAAGGCACCACAGAACAACUACAUCUCCCUCUUCUUUAACAGUUUUGAUGUGGAGAACCACAGCAACUGUGGAUUUGACUAUCUGGAGAUCCGUAACGGCAGUACAGCAGACUCACCACUGAUUGGUCGGUUCUGUGGCAGCACACUGCCCAGCCCCAUCUUUCCACAAUCCAAUCUGCUCUACUUGCGCUUCAAGAGUGACUUCUCCGGUGCUCGAGAUGGCUUUGAGGUCACAUGGACAUCCUCCCCUCACGGUUGUGGUGGCAAUCUGUCUGGAGACCACGGCUCAUUCUCAAGUCCCAACUACCCUGGCACCUAUCCUAACAAUACCAACUGUGAAUGGAGUAUUAGGGCACCCAGAGGCCAUGUGUUGACCAUCAACUUUGCCCAGAUCAGUAUUGAUGACCCUGGAAAUUGCCAGAGUAACUUCUUGAAGUUGUAUGAUGGCCCAGACACCUCCUCGCUGCCUGUUGGACCUUACUGUGGAGUGGAAACCAACAUCGCACCUUUCAGAGCCACCUCCCAUCAAGUCUACAUCGUUUUUCAAGCCCAGUAUUCCACCCUGCCCUCAGGGUUCAAACUCACCUGGAGCAGCUGAGAUAGUUCCCCUCUACACACACACACACACGAUUAUGAUCAAUCAUACUGUGCAUUUAUCUUUGACCUUACUGAUGUAAAUAAUGAAUAUUUUCUGUUUUAAUAAAUACAUGAUUCAGUUUAA